CUGUGAUCACCACAUCAGCCUUUUGCGCCCUUACAAAGAAGCCCACCAUGACAGGAAUUUCCAACGCCCAGGAAGCCCAGCUACAUGAAGUCGCACAAUUGAUGCUGGAGAUUUACCAGACUCUUGCACAGAUGCGGUACCUUGAUCCUAAGGCGAUUCAAACUGGGCCCCACGACAUCUCCAAAAUGCGCCUGGUGUACGAGAAACAUGGGCUGGACCCGGCUAUCAUCUACCUCUAUAGCAUCCUCCCCUAUGUGGACUCACAAAUUACGAACACGGACUUUUUUGAUGGCGGUUCUUUCAUUGACUUUCGUGACGAGUCCUGCAUGGGAAACCACACAAGUGUUAUUAUAUAUGAUGCACGGAAGCACCGCAUCUGGAUCCCUGAUCCUGUGGACGAUUGCAGCUGCGACCCGGCGCUAUACGGUGUGCCGAAUGAAGCGCCCGAGAGCGAGAACGGGAAUAACUUUGAGCACAUUCCAAGCCGACCUGCGGGAGAUGUAUUGCGGGAUAUCGCCCGAUGGUAUCGCGAACUCGAGGUACUACCAGGUAGAGGCCAAGAUUGCGGCAUUGAGUGGGAAGCUGGAAGACUGGAUGUGAAAGGGCUGUAUCGGAUGCACGGAUGGCCGGACAACUUCAAUGGCGAUGCAUUCCAGGUGGAUCAACUAAGGGCUUCAGGUCUUGCCAGUGUCCGAAAGGACACAAACCAGAUAUUACCACAAUUAAAAAGGUGUAUGAUCUCAGUGACUGAGAACAGAAGCAGAAUCACAAGGUUGCGAAAGUCACUUGCUGCAGCGAAGAACAAAGACGAAAUGUGGGUGCUCCGGAUGGAGCUUUGGAAGGCAGCGAGGUCUAUUUGCAGAAAGAACAAAGAUCUCCGGGAGGAGGAGCGCAAAAUUCUCGCCCUGGAAUAUUCUCAGGUCAACAGAAAGCUUGAGUCGGAGCGAGACAGUGUGAUAAGAAGUAGGAAAUGGUUGGAAGAAGAAUCCAAGGACGCCGAUGCCGAUACUGUUAAGAGAGUACAAAAGCACCUUUACCGAGAUGAGCAGAGCGCAGCACUCUACGAAAAGGUCAAAGAGGCGAUCGAGGCAGACAAAGUCCAAUUUGGCAGCUUGGGCAACAAAACAGGGUUCGCCAAGGAGAAAGAGGCCUCUUUAUGGAAAGACGUGGCCCUGCAUUUUCAAGGGGAGCUCGAUGCGCUACGGAAGUGGGCUGCUCAAAUUCCCGCUGAUGCCGAGCACGCCAAACAGAAGGCUCACGAGCAAAUCCAAGACUAUGAAGAGUCGGUCGCGGCAGAGGAAGCUACUACAUGGCUGACCAAGCCGAGGUUAUUUGAAGCUUCUCGGCGUUGA